GGCCGAAGAAACCAGGCGCAGCAGCAGCAGCAGCAGCAGCAGCAAAAAACUGAAAAUAAAACAACGCCAGAACUCUGGAAAAAUGUUCAGAAAUGUUCUUGUCGUGGCUCUUUGCCUCCUCGCCACAGUAAAUCUGUGUGGAACAUCAACAAUCAACCCACCUGCUACAGCUCCUACGUCAUCACUAGCAUCACAAAGCACCUCAGACAGUAACACUGGAGCUUCAACUGGUCCAUCAGCCUCAACCCCAAGUGGUGCAGCGUCCACAGCCGACCACACUGGUGACACUGCUGCACCGACCACAGUCAAACAAACUGGUGACACUGCUGCACCGACCACAGUCCACCCCUCGUCGGGACCGGCCUCGUCCGGGCUGUCCGGAGGGGCGAUAGCCGGCAUCACCAUCGGCACCAUCGCCGGAGCCGGCUUACUGGGCGGCGGCAUCUACGGUCUGCUGAAAUACACUAACAAAAUCUGAGAACAAUCCCCCCCAUCAAGGACUUGAACGUUGAAACAUCGCACAAUCCGGAUGGGAUUGUUUCCUAUGACCCGAUCCGGCUAGCGGGUCGGGGAGGAGGCGGGCUUUUCUCAAAGAAUCUGAACUAAAUCCAGUCACUGGAAGCUUCAUGGCCCAACAGGAAUGAAUCCAUCAUAGUUUCCUGACUGCACUUCUUUUAGUCAGACAUUAAUUUUGAUGAUGAUUUUAAUGUAACAGCAAAUGCAUGGAGUAUAUAUUGGUUUCUCUGGGAUAAAUGUGUCGGCCAGAAGGUUUUGUUGUCAUUUAUGAAAAUAUGUGAAAAAUUGUAAUUAAGAUUAUAAAUAAUUGAUGAUAUUUAAGGCAAUGAAAAGCCAUCUUGGCGUAUUUACAGCCUCAUGAGAGACUUGCUCACUUUCACUCUUUCAGCUUUAAUAAAAAACGGUUUUAGUUUUUUUUGGCAUCUAGAAAUAGAAAUGUUACAAACAUUUAUGACCAUCCAGACAGGGCUUCACUUCAGAGGUUUUAUGUAUAUUUCAAAACAUAAAGUUGGUUUAUUUUCAUUUAAUAAAUAAAGAAAAUCAGACAGUU